AUGGCGGCUUGUGCGCUUGCUUCAGCUCGGAUGAGGGAUGGCGCGCCAACAAAUGGUGAUGGUGGUGGUGGUAGUGGCCAUGGGUAUGGGUAUGGACAGGAAAAUGUGUUGGUGGGCGCGGGAAUGAUGCCGCCAGCACAGAUGUUCUUUGCCGCCGUAGAAGAAGCCCUUCCUAGUCCCAGAGACCUUCUUCAAUGUCGGGACUUUGACUACCUGAGAGGGUUUGCUUUGUUGGCGCUCGCAAGUCUUCAGGAUGCCAGGAUCGGUGUGACGCAGAUGUACAUCGGCCAUUAUUUCACCAUGCUUGCUGUCAAUCAGUGGCAUGAGGCUAACUGGCUGGGUGGGCUAGAUUCUACGGAGAGGGAAGAGCGUCGGAGAUUGUAUUGGUCAUUCUAUACGCUCGAUGUCUACUCGUCGAUUGUCUGGGAUGACUGUAUCCAUUUUCAAGAGAGCCAUGCGGAAGUCGAGUAUCCUACUGGAAGAAACUGCAACGAAACUGAAAGCGCGCCCUUGGACAGCACCCAUUGGGUAGUCGAGUGGGACUACUUCACGGAUCUGUAUCGUAUACUGGAGCAUAACUUGAGCAGGUUGCGAACUCGGUCUUCGAGGUUUUACUUGAUGGCAGGCGAGUCUGUAUCGACUCCAGCCCUCAACAUGUCCAGCCAGGAUCGAGUUAACGAGCUGUACAUGGCCUUGCCGCGCAUUUUCAAGCAACUCCGACCGUGUACGGGCGAUCCAGCUAAAGAUAUCUACGGAUUUCAAGCCGCCAAUAUCCAAGCGUCCAUGGCUCUCCUGAAGAUGGUCGCCCUUUCUCUCGAGACUGAUCAUGAUGCGGAAAGAAAGUGCUCCCUACAAGUAUGUUCGUAA